AUGGCGAAAGAAGAAUCCUUCACCCUUCUCUCGCUCGGCCUCAGUAUCAUUGCCCUCCGAACCUGGUGGAGAUGGUCAAAUGUAGGCUUCAAGGCUUUCGACUGGGAUGAUUACCUCAUGCCAGUCUCCGGUAUUCUUUUCACCAUUGUAACGUCACUCGCAUAUCUCGUCGGCGCGAAAUACCAUGGCCUCACAAAUAGUUACAUGACGGAAGAGCAGCGCGCGGCGCUGGAUCUCGACUCGGUCGAGGCAUAUAACCGCGUCUCAGGAUCGAAGCUCCAGAUCAUCGGAUGGGAGCUCUAUGCCAUGGAUCUUUGGGUACUGAAGCUGUGCCUGACAGUCUUCUACUCACGCCUGACACUACGCUUGAAUGACCUCAAGUUGAGACUGAGAAUUGGCUACGUGAUUAUUGGGGUAUCGUGGACGACAGCAACGCUGUGCUUGAUUGCUGGUUGCCACCCAACUUCGCAUUACUGGCAGAUAUAUCCCAACCCUGGCGCUCUGUGCCAGCCAACCAACUCGCCCUUGAAUGUGUGGGCUGUACUGAUACCCAAUAUAAUCACGGAUCUGUACCUUCUUUCCAUCCCACUACCGGUUCGUUGCUCGAAUUGUCCGCCAUCUCGCAAUUCCGAGGCUAAUGAGAUCGCCUUGCAGCUUCUAUGGAAGGUCAAUAUUGGACUGCGCACCAAGGCCAGCCUAAUGCUCUUAUUCAGCGGCGCUGUGUUCAUCAUUGCCGCGGGGACUGUCCGAGCUAUUGUUAUUCUGUCGGCUGGUCCUAACGGCGCUGUGAUGGGGAGCGAGUGGGCGUGCCGAGAGAUAUUCGUCGCCAUAGUCGUUACCAACCUGCCCAUAAUCCAACCGUUGAUGCGGAAGGUAGCCGGAAAGAUGGGUCUCAGCGGUAUCUUCAGCAGAUCAUCUCCGACGCGCAGCUACCAGAUCGGAAGCGGCAACGGACCAACCGGCUACAAGCUCGGCAGCAGGCCGAACAACUCCAAGGCCACAAAGUCCAACAACAUGAACACCACGCACGCGACGGCGUGGGGCAGCGACGAGCAUAUUCUGUACGAUGAGAGACAUCAGCCCGGGUCGAAGGACAUCAAGGUCGCGAAGGAGAUCACUGUCGUGGUCGAUGAUGCUGCGUCGACAAGCAAAGCACCCAGCUCGACAGGAGAGACGAAGAGUGAUUGGGGUUAUGAGGCGUAG